AUGGUAUGUGUUGUUUUAGGUGUUAAUCCCCCUUUAGCUGUGUUUGAAUGUUUCAUUAAUCGUCUUUGGGGUAAGCUAGGGAUUGAGAGAAUGGCUCGUAUGAAUGUCGGUCACACACUAGUGAAAUUUUGGGAUGAAGCAACUACGGAUAUGGUGUUGGAAUCUGGUGUGGUUCAUUUUGACAGGAAACCGGUCUUACUGAGGCCUUGGUCGACAGAUCUUGAUAAGAUGAGAUUGAUAAAAUAUGUGCCGGUUUGGAUUAGAUUGCCAAACCUGGGACUUCAAUAUUGGGGUCUGAAAAGUUUGAGUGCUUUGCUCAGCACUAUUGGUAAGCCUAUGAUGGUGGAUAAGGUAACUAGGGAGAAAUCUAUGGUGAAAUUUGCUAGAGUUCUUGUAGAUGUUGAGAUUUCAGAUCAAGUUCCUCAAUGCAUAAACUUUAUCAAUGAACGUGGUCAAUUGAUGGAACAAGCUAUAGAAUAUGAAUGGCUUCCUACCCGUUGUUCGUGUUGUAAAAAUCUAGGCCAUAUAGCUACUAGUUGUAGAUUCACUAAGGAGACUGUUUGGAAACCAAAACAGAAAGUUGCGGGUCCGAUCAAUGAAAAGCCAGAGGGUUCUUCUGAAAGAGAUGAAAUAAGAGCAAUGCCUGGUGUAAAGGAACAGUCUAAUCUGGGUGGUGGUAAGGCAAUGCAGCAGGAUUUCAAAGGUGAGCCGCCAGCUGAAAUGGGUGAUAGGCAGGGUGGGACAUUACAUAAGGAGACUACAGAUGAGGUGAUGGGAUCUUCUAUAAUAGGUCAGGAGAUGCAUUGGUCUACCCCUAAAAAAGUGGGAGGGACAAAGCAUAUUCGUCCAACAGCCAUGACAUUGAAAGCUAACAAAUAUAGUCUCUUACAGGAGAAACAGACAGAGAGAUUGCAGAAGAGUCUGGGGGCAUUUCUUGAAACAAAACUGAAAAGGAAUAAGAUAGAGGAGAUGAUGAGCAAUGUAUUUUUGGGUUGGAAUUGGUAUAGUGAUAUGGCAGUGGAGGGAAGAAUAAUGUUAGUUUGGAAAGAGGAUGUGGUUUCACUUACAGUAACUCAGUCUCAAGACCAACUUAUUAACUGUGAGGUGAAGAUCAAGGGUGUCAGUCAAAAAUUUUGUUUGUCUUUCGUUUAUGGUAGGAACACAAUGGAGGAGAGGAAAGGUGUUGAGUUGCCUUGGUUGGUGGUUAGGGACUUUAAUGCAGUGUUUGAGUUUGAUGACCGAAUAGGGGGUAGACAGGUUACUAAAUUGGAAGUGGAGGAUAGUAGGCUUUGGAGGGCUAAUACUUUGUUGUCUGAGAUGAACUCGAAUGGCUCUCAUUUCACCUGGUCUAACAAGCAAAAGGAGGGAUCUAGAAUUUUCUCUAAAUUGGACAGAUGUUUUGUCAAUGAAAAGUGGAUAGAUGCUCUUCCUGAUUCUGAAGUUCGAACUAAUUGGGACACUAUUUCUGAUCACUGUUUCUGCAUUAUCAAAACUGUUCAGUUCAAGAUUUCAGGGGUUAGACCCUUCAGGUUUUUUAAUAUGUGGACUAAGCAUAAGGAUUUUAGGAAUGAAGUUCUUAGAAUUUGGACUAAAAAGACUGGUGGUACUGGUUUAUUUCAGAUUACUUAG